AUGUUUUCACGCUUAAGAUUGCUAAGGCCUCUGUUCUAUCGUCCCUUGUGGCCACAACGUAGAUUAUCAUCCUCUCUCAUUAACAGACAUGAGUAUGACUUUUCACCAAUUCUUGCCGAAUUACCCAAAGAUUCAAAAGUUGCAUCGAAAAUCAUGAAUUUCGCUGUGGAUAUAACGAAGGAUUUAAUGCAGGAAAAAGUGGAUUUAAUGGAAAAAAAAGAGCGUGAAAAAUUGGAUUUAACGAAAGAUUUAAUGGAAAAAAAAGAGCGUGAAAAAUUGGAUUUAACGAAAGAUUUAAUGGAAAAAAAAGAACGCGAAAAAUUGGAUUUAAUGCAGGAAAAAGUGGAACUAUCAAAACAUAUUACGAAUCUUGAGAAUGAUGUCAAACACCGCACUGAACUUCUUUUACGAUCAAAAAGGAUGUGUAAUGUGAGAGGUGCUUUAGAGUUCAUCCGAUCAACGAUUCGGUCACAGGACAAAACUAUCUCGUUUCGCGAACCUACAGACAAUGUUUUGACGAGGCUGACUCAAGAUGCAAAGUUUAUAUCAUAUUUAAAGCAAACAUGCUCACUUAAUAAUUCUCAAUACAAAGAUGUCGAAAGAUGUAUGGGUGGUCUCUAUCACACUGCAUCAAAAAAAUUGCAUGGUCACGACAAGGAUAUUGAAAUUGAUGCACGGGACUGGAGUGUGAAUGAAGUAUUAGCAUUAGGUGUUCUUCUUCGUUAUUAUAAUAUUUCGCACUCUUAUUAUGAUGACCAGGGGGAAUUAGCUGAAUACCCUUACAA